AUGGCAACAAAAAUUAGCAAUACCGAGAAUACAAACAAAGAUGGGGCAGUUCGAUCGAACAGUAAAACCGACCACACAAUGGUACGCCGAGAAUCCUUGGAUCGUAGUCCAAUAAAUUGUUUCUUCAGAGCUUGUGAUCGAGAAGCAAGCGAAAAAUUAUUGCAAGAUGCAUACGCAGCUAACAAGCAGAAAAAUGGCAUAUACAUGCUCCGUCAGUCAAAGCGUGAUGAAAACAAGUUUAUCUUAUCAUUAAUAAAAGAUGGCCAAUGUUAUCAUUAUCGAUCACACCAUGCUGGUAAUGGCACGUUUCUUGACGAAAAGACGGAUUCAAUUUUUUAUUCUCUUGAUAGCCUAUUGCAAUAUUACCAAACGGAUGGUGCACGACACCUACGUUGCCCAUUGUCGAUACCGCUUCGCGGCCAGACUUUACCUGCAUUUGCUCAACGACGAGGUACAACAACUACUCUUCAUCAGGCUGCUAUCGAAGGACAACGCGAUGCCAUUGUCGCGCUUCUCAAUGACCCAAAUUGUCCAGAUAUUCAUUCGAAAAACGAGGAAGGAAAUACUCCGUUACAUGAAGCAUGUUUCUGUGGAAGAGAUGAUACUGUCAAAGAACUGUUGCAAGCAGGCGCUAAUUGGAAAUUCGUCAAUAAACUUGGUUGGACAUCUUUACAUCAAGCAGCAUUGGGCAAUUGCCCAACGACAGUUGAACUCCUAAUCACCCGUGGCCAUGCUGAUGUUGAUGCACGAAAUCCAUUCAAUUCAUAUGCACCUCUUCAUUGUGCUGCAGCAUGUAGUAACGUUGAAACUCUCACAACUUUGAUAGCACAUGAUUCACCACUACGACCAUUGACAGAAAAUGGGGAAACACCGUAUGAUUUAGCAAUUAAACAUCAUGGCACUGAUUGCGUAGAAAAACUAGCUGGUGCUCGGUCAAAACCUGCUGCAUCUCAUCGUUCGAGUUACUAUCAUGGCUCGCUAUCGAAUAAUCAAAUGCGAUCACUAUUGAAUCAGUUCAAAAAGCAUGAUGGAUACUUUUUUGUACGACAAAGUUCAACUGUUCCGGAUGAUUAUGCAAUAUCCAUCAUUUGGCAAAAUACGCUUGUACAUGUCAAACUUCAUAAAAAGGAUUCACAUUCAUAUUAUUUCGAAGAUCGUCUUCAUUAUCAUGACAGUCUCGAACAUGCAAUUGAUUACUUCAUGAAAGUAUAUAAAAAUGUUGUUAAACCGUUGAGUCCAGAAGCUGCUAAAACUACUCCUGUAAGUGAAUCAUCCCAACGCCUGUUCUCAUCGGCAAGUAAAAUCAUCAAAAACUUCUCUUUACAAUCUCAAGAAUCAACAGGUUCUGAUCAUCGAACGAAAAAUCCAUUCAAUGGAAUAUCUACGUCGAAAAUGCAUGAUAAAGUUAAGAUGGUUCCAGCCAUUGAACGCGAUCUAAAGAAUCCGAGUGUUAACAGAAGGGUGGUCAAUAUUCGUGAAGAUCAACUAAAGUUCAAGAAACUAUUAGGUGAAGGUAAUUUCGGUAAAGUCUAUGGAGGAAUGUAUCGUGAAGAUCAUGGAAGAGAGAUUCCUGUAGCGAUCAAAGCUUUGAAAGCUACGAUGGAUACAAAUGCUAUAGAAGAUAUAAAAAAAGAAACGUUCGCUAUGAAAGAAUUAUCACAUCCGUGUAUUGUUCGUCUGUACGGUGUCUCGCAUUUAAAGAAAUCCAAUAGUAUUUUAAUGGUUCAAGAACUACUCUCUUUGGGAUCAUUGUUGGAUUAUUUGAAAAGUCAUGCUAAUAAUUCUACCCGAUCGUUAUUUAGCAUGUGGGUGGUGCAAAUUGCCUACGGUAUGGCUUACAUGGAAAGGAAACGUUUUGUUCAUCGAGAUUUGGCAGCUCGAAAUAUCUUAAUGCAAUCACAUUCACGAAUAAAAAUUUCCGAUUUUGGUUUGUCACGUAAUGUUGACUCCGAAAAUUACUACUUUCAACAGAGUGAUACACCAGUACCCAUUGCUUGGUAUGCACCUGAAUCGUUAAAUCAAUCGAAAUUUACUAGUAAAAGUGAUGUUUGGUCAUUUGGUGUCACCAUGUGGGAAAUUUAUACGUUUGGACAGUAUCCUUAUGGAACAAUGCAUACCGAAGAAAUAUAUUCCUAUAUAGCAUCGGGUGGUCGCCUUCAACGGCCAGCCGGUUGUAGUACAUCUAUAUACGACGUGAUACGUCGAUGUUGGGCUAUGGAAGCACAUGAUCGACCGUCAUUUCUUGAACUGAUCAAAAUUCUUGCUAAUCGAUCGGAAUAUUAUACCGCAAUCGAACAUUUUCAAUUUUUGUCGAAAUACUAA